ACCACUGGAUUGAACCACCUUGNAAUUGUUUUCAUUCCAGAUGGCAGUCCUAUGCUGCGACAAGGCGAUACCGGAGAUUGGGUGGGCACGUUCGAGGGGCACAAGGGCGCCGUUUGGGGUGUGGCGCUGAACAAGAAUGCCACUUUGGCCGCGUCUGGUGCGGCUGACUUUACUGGAAAAGUUUGGAACGCCGUUACGGGCGGUGAAAUCCACAGUUUUCAACAUAAGCAUAUUGUGAAAACAGUUGCAUUUGAUAGAAACUCCGAGAACAUUGUCACUGGCAGCAAUGAGAAAUUGGUGCGAGUUUUCAAUUUGGAGCAACCGAAUGUUGAGCCGGAAAUGUAUGCUGGACAUUCCGGUGCUUUGAAACGGGCACUCUUCUGCCGCGAUGAUAAAUGUAUUUUGUCGGCAGCUGAGGAUAAAACCGUACGUUUAUGGGAUCGUUUAACUGGCAAUGAGAUACAGCGACUACAAUUUCCUCACAAUCCAAACAGCUUAGAAAUAUCAGCUGAUAACCACAUUCUGACCAUAACACAUGGCUCGACCAUCAGCUUCUGGGAGGUGGACACAAUGAAAAAGCUGAAAGAGGUGAAAGUGCCGACAAAUGUAUCGUCGGCUAGUUUACAUCCAGACAAACAUGUGUUUGUGUGUGGUGGUGAAGAUUUUAAAAUGUAUAAAUUUGAUUAUAUAACUGGUAAUGAGAUUGAAUCCUUUAAAGGACAUUUUGGUCCUGUACAUUCGGUCAAGUUUAGUCCAGAUGGUGAACUUUAUGCCAGUGGCUCUGAAGAUGGCACGUUACGACUUUGGCAGACAACUGUGGGCAAGACCUACGGUCUCUGGAAGUGCACUGAACCAGGAGAAUUGAAUAAUUCAAUGAAUUCACCUCGCGAAGUACAUGCCAACUAAGGACGAAUUUGUUAAUUGAUUUGACGUAGACGGAUUUGUGUACACAGCCAAAAACUGCAGACCGAUACAGCAUCAAGAAUAAAAUGAAUCUUAGCAAUUUUUAAUUAAGCGAUGUCUUCACUGGAUUUUAAGCAACACAAUUACUUUUCAUAACAAUAUAUUAUCUCAUAAGAAACCAUACACGAGUGAAUGAUUUUGGAAAUUUUUUAAAAGAAAACAAAAAUAAUAUGAGAAAGUGAAAAUUACGGCUUUUGUAUUAACAUUUACUUCAACAAUAUUAAUUAGCUGGCAAAAUACUGAAUUUAAAAUGCGUAUUAUGCAAAGAACUUAAAAUUGUUUUAUAAUUUUUACUUAAUGAUUGUAAAUCGAAGGGUUGAGCAUAUUUUAAUAUGUAAUACAAUAAGUUAUUUCGAAUAAAUACGUACACAUUUUCAUACGUGGUAUUCAUA